AUGCCCCAAGGGAACGGUCGCAAGUCGGCCAACAGGAAUAAGGAAAACUGUGAUGAGGUCAUUGCUUCCAAGACGCACAAAGACAAAGGGGAUAGGCCCAAUCUUAGCAAACCGCCUGCAGCCGGUGACCAUGUCGCGCUGCAGCCCGUUGACCUGGACCGGGAGCGCCUGGAACGCAUGCAGCGCAACGAAAAGAUAUUGCAAGACCUUGGCUUGGUUCCUAUGCUUCAUUCUAUAAAGUCGACCGUCAUCGCCGCAGCUGAGGUAAAGAAAAUUGCUGUGUCGAAGAAACGGAAACGCGACAGCAACAGCACUACGGGCGAGGAACGCGUGCUUCGGCGAUCGCUGCGUACCAAGGGGGAAGAACCCGAGCUUCCUCCGCUGCUUAAGCCCCUCUUCCACAGGCUGCGCACCUUGUCGGACGAGGCCAUGCGGAAGCGCAUCCAAAAGAUUACCAAUACGCUAAAGCUGAAGUCCCUGGUUCAGUUGCUCACGGAUUUUGGGCGAGACGAGCUGGCAGAGGAGGCUCAAAGAGCGCUGGAUGCACGGCUGGCCAACGUCUAG